AUGGCACUUUCUCGUUCGUCUUCUCCGGCGCCAUCUUUCGAACUUGAUCUUAAUAAACUAAAUUCUUCAAAUUCUGAGACUGAAUCCUCAACUACCACCUUUCAUUUGAUAAUCACAAAAAACAUCAGGAAAAACUUAAACAAUAUAUUUUCAGGACAAGCUGAAGAAACAAUAUCGACUUCAACGGGUUUAACUAAUGAGGAGGACGCUAUAUUUGUGAAAAUGUGGGCCAACAAUUGA